CCCGGUCCAGCCGCUCACCCCUAAACUGGCCGGGCCGCUCUUGGCCGAAACCAUCAGGUGCCCGCGGGUUCCUUUGCCUGGACUCAUAAAGGACAGCGGUGGUCACAACUUGUUGUGGUGCGGACGUCUCCGUCGGGUUUGCAGCUCUCUUGACGGUGUGUUGCAGAGUCCGGUUCCUGGAGCAUCGGUGCCGCUGCGCGACCUCCUGAGAGCCGUCAAGAGACUGAGAGGCAUAUGAGGAGCUCCUGGCAGGCGAAACAGUCCCUCGCAAAGACACCCAGGAGGAGGGAGAAGGAGAAAGGGGACAAGCGCCGGAGCUGAAACCCCCUGCCGCCAGCCAUGAGAUCGAUCCGCUCGUUUGUGAACGAUGACCGGCACGUGAUGAUGAAGCACUCCACCAUUUACCCGUCUCCGGCAGAACUCAAAGCCGUCCAGAACAUGGUCUCCACCGUGGAGUGCGCCCUGAAGCAGGUCUCGGACUGGAUGGACGAAACCAGCAAAUCCACCCCGGCAGAGAGCAGCACGGAAAGCAAAGAAGAACCGGCGGCAGACGGCAGCGGCGAUGGUGGCAGUCACAAGGACCAAGGUGGCCGGGUCUUGUGCGGGGUGAUGCGGAUCGGCUUGGUGGCCAAAGGCCUGUUGAUCAAAGACGACAUGGACUUGGAGCUGGUCCUGAUGUGCAAAGAGAAGCCCACGCAGACCCUCUUGUCGCUCGUCAAAGACAAUCUCCCCAUCCAAAUCCAGAAACUCACAGAAGAGACGUACCACGUUGAACAUUGCACUGACGAAGCAGCCAUCAUCAUCCAUAGCACACAGGAGCUUCCGCUCACGCUCAAGGUGACCCUAACCUCCCCCCUUAUCCGGGACGAAGUCGAGAAGAAGGAUGGAGACAGUGUUCUGAUGAAAGACCCGCCGGACUUUCUCAACAGGCAAAAAUGCCUCGAUGCUUUGGCGUCUCUGCGACACGCCAAAUGGUUCCAGGCCAGGGCCAACGGGCUCAAGUCCUGCGUCAUCGUUCUGCGCGUGCUGCGGGAUUUGUGCAACAGAGUUCCCACCUGGGCGCCCCUGAAAGGAUGGCCCUUGGAGCUGAUCUGUGAGAAAGCCAUUGGGACUUGCAAUAGACCUUUGGGGGCAGGAGAAGCCCUGCGGAGAGUGAUGGAGUGCCUGGCCUCGGGGAUCCUCCUACCUGGUGGGCCGGGCCUGCAUGACCCCUGCGAACGGGAGCCGACGGAUGCCUUGUCCAAUUUGACUGUUCAACAAAGAGAAGCCAUUACCCACAGUGCCCAGCACGCGUUGAGACUGUCCGCUUUCGGUCAGAUCUACAAAGUGCUGGAAAUGGAUCCUCUCCCUUCCAAUAAGUCCUUCCAGAAAUACCCCUGGUCGGGGACCGACAAAGAAGGUGCUGGUUCCUCUGCUUUGAAGAGGCCUUUUGAAGACGGGUUGGGGGACGAGAAAGACCCCAACAAGAAGAUGAAGCGGAACUUGAGGAAAAUCCUCGACAGCAAAGCAAUAGAUCUUAUGAAUGCCUUGAUGCGCCUGAACCAGAUCCGGCCCGGCUUGCAGUACAAGCUCCUCUCUCAGUCCGGCCCGGUCCACGCCCCCGUUUUCACCAUGUCCGUGGACGUGGACGGCACGACGUACGAGGCUUCGGGCCCUUCCAAAAAGACCGCCAAGCUUCACGUCGCAGUGAAGGUUUUGCAAGCGAUGGGCUACCCCACUGGUUUCGACGCCGACAUGGAAUGUACAAGCUCUGAUGAGAAGUCAGACACCGAAGGGAAGAACGAGACCGUCUCUUCAAACUCAAGCAAUAAUACUGGAAACUCUACAAUCGAUACCUCUGCUACCUUGGAGGUCAGAACUCAGGGUCCCAUCCUCACGGCCAGCGGCAAGAAUCCGGUGAUGGAGCUCAACGAGAAGCGGAGGGGCCUCAAGUAUGAGCUCAUUUCCGAAACGGGAGGAAGCCAUGACAAGCGGUUCACCGUGUUAGUAGAAGUGGACGGGCAGAAGUUCCGAGGGGCCGGCCCCAACAAGAAGGUGGCCAAGGCCAGCGCUGCCCUGGCCGCUCUCGAGAAGCUCUUCUCCGGCCCCAACGCAGCCGCCAACAAGAAGAAGAAGCUCCUUCCGCAGACAAAAGGGAUUGUGAACACAGCCAUGUCGGCGGCGGCGGUCCAGGCGGCCCGAGGCCGAGGGAGAGGCGCCCUCACGCGAGGAGCCUUCGUCGGGGCAGCGGCUGCGGCCGCCACGGGUUACCUGGCGCCAGGUUAUGCCGCUCCCUACGGCUACAGUGCCGCCACCGCUGCGCCAGCCUAUGGUUUGCCCAAGAGAAUGCUUCUGUUGCCAGUUAUGAAACUGCCCACCUACCCAAUGCCCCAUUACUCCUUCUUUUAGCCAAUGGCAGAAGCCAGUUGCCACUGACUGACCACCACAAAACACAGUACGAAUGUUAGAAGACUCGCAAGAGAAGGCGGACACACCGCCCCGUCUGCCGGCCUUAGACGCCCGGUUCAUUUUCGUUCUUCACUUGAGCGCAUACUUGAGCAAAAACCAUUUGUAAAGAGACCUCUUUUCCUACCUUUUCCCCCAUAAUUUUUAACAAAAAAUGCAAAAUUUAGUUCUCUAAAAACUUGAAUACACACACACACACACACACUCGCGCGUAUACAAAUGGUCUGUGAAAAUGGUUACCUCAUUUUUCUCUUCUCCUUCUCCCCACGACUUCCAAAAUAACUUAUACCAGCCUUCUGUUAAUAGGAAAGAAACUUAGAUGCUUAAAACUUUUUUUUUUUGUUUAUAAGUGAAGGAAGUAUUACCCGGAUUAUGUAAAACUUAAAAUAAACACACACAAAACAAACAAACUUGUGAAGGAUGUAUAGAAUAUAAAACGCUGAUCACAAAAGAAAACAAAUAAAAAUAAAACCAGUUUUUGUUGUAAA